AUGCCGCAGGCAAGCGAAGCUCAAGCUCCCGGACCGACCAGACAGCUAUGCUCUUGGAUCGGUAACCUCUCAAUCGGUGACAUUCCAGAAGAAGUCAGGAUACGCGCCAAGUACUUGAUCUUAGACGGCAUAUGCUGCGCGCUGGUGGGUGCGCAUCUUUCAUGGACCAAGAAGGCUGCAAACACGGUCUUCGCGAUCGAGCCGCCUGGGGAUUGUGUAGUUUGGGGAUACGAGAAGAAAUUAGGCGCAUUGUCUGCGGCUUUGCUUAAUAGCACGGAAAUCCAAGCCUUCGAGAUCGAUGACUGGCAUGCUGUGGCUCCCCUGCACUCAAAUUCGAUCCUUCUCCCAGCGCUCUUCGCAGCAGCCAAUCAACAGAAAGCCAAGACCCAAAAGUUGCUCGACGGCAAAGCGCUUUUACUUGCUACGAUUGUAGGUUAUGAGACGGGACCACGGGUGGGGCUAUGUCUUCACGGAGCACAUAUGCUGGCAAGAGGCUGGCACUCUGGUACGGUGUUUGGGCCGGCUGCCUCGGCAUCAGCGGUCGCCAAGCUUUCGGGUCUGCAGGAGGACAAUAUCAAAGACGCUCUGGGCAUCGCCUAUACGCAGGCUUGUGGGCUGAUGACCGCUCAAUUUGGUAGCGACCUAAAACGCAUGCAGCAUGGCUUCUCCGCGCGCAAUGGUCUUUUCGCCGCGUUGAUGGCCCAGGGUCACUAUACUGGGGUCAGGAACGUCUUCGAGCAACGUCUUCGAGGAACGGAGCCACCCUUCCUGCCAGAGGGGCUGACCAAGGGUCUGGGAAGCAUUUGGCAAUCAGAUGGUAUCCGAGUGAAGUCGUACGCCUCCAUGGCAGGGACCUAUUGCACUAUCGACGCCAUUGCCGAGUUGCAGAAGGAGAAUUCGGAGCGACUGUCUGACUUCGACAACGUCACAAGCAUCCAGAUCGAGCUGUCUGAGGCAGCCUUCAAGCACGGGGGGUGGAAACCGACGCUCCAACUUGCGAAUAAGAAAGCUUCCCCCAAAGAAUUCUGCCAUGACUUACUCAAUCGCGAUUCGCUAUGGAGUCUGAUCGAGAAGACCGAAUGUUUGCACACCCCCGAGCUGGGUGGACGCUAUGAACAGGUGACCAUCUCCUUCGCAGACAAUAGCGUAGUUACCAAGGCGCUUGCAGCCCCUCGAGAUGCUGUGCCUGGUCUCUCGAAUGAAGAGAUCCUAGAAAAGCUCCGCAGCUUCACAAAGGGCGUUAUGGACGACGGGAGGAGGGACGCGAUCGUAGACCGGGUAGUGAAUCUCGCGACGGUCGCGGACAUCACAUCGUUGGAGGAUCUACUAGUAGGCCGGACUGUAAAUCCUAUUGAGUAG